GUGAGAUCAGUCCCGAAAAUGAAAGUCGACUAUCGACGUUAGCUGUCUAGCUUCUGACAGCAAAUGAGACAUGAAUGGAAUAUGUAGCCCUACGUUUCUGUUGCUUUUACGGGUUGCAACCGUGUACACAGGAUCACACUCUCUUUGGGUACUGGCAACAUUCAUUCACGGACAGACGCAGUUUCCAGAAUUCAGCGCGGUUUUGAUGCUGGAUGAUGUUCAGGUGCAAUACUACGACAGCAUCAAUAAGGUUGUCUCUCGAAGACAGCAGAGCUGGGAGGAUGAAGGGGACGAUGUCGACGCGCGUCUGGACCAUCACAGUAUCAUGGUAGAUCUGUACCACAGCAUGAAAAGGAGAUCACAGCUUUUAAAGCUUCGCUUCAAUUACACUGAAGGAGUUCAUGUAUACCAGAGAAUGUCAGGAUGUGAGCUGAACGAUGGAAAUCCAAGUCCGAUUAUGGAGUGGAGUGCUUUCGAUGGAACAGAAACCGCGCGUUACUACAAGCUCAAUUACUCAUUAAAUCCACUAUGGCCUGAGCUUAUGUGGAGCGAACUGAAGUUUGCAGCUUAUACAUAUAUUUAUCAACCUUUCUGCAUCAAAACAUUGAAGCAGCACCUGAUGAAAGAAAAGAAUAUUUUGAUGAGGAAAGAGCGUCCCAGAGUCAGACUGAUCCAGAAGACAGACAGAGACACUGGAGGGGUGAAGGUGAGCUGUUUGGCCACUGGCUUCUAUCCCCGACACAUCAACCUGACCAUGCUGAGAGAUGGCCAGCCAAUCACAGAGCAGGAGCUGACAGUGGGGGAGGUGCUGCCCAAUGGAGACGGGACGUACCAGUUGAGGAGGAGCCUGAGUGUCAGUGAAGAGGAGCUGAGAGAGAAACACCACUACACCUGCACUGUCACACACCUGAGUCUGGACAACAAGCUGGACGUCAGCUGGGAAGCAGGAGAUGGUCCAGGUGAUGUGUUUAUCUCUGUGGUUAUAGUCCUGGUCCUGGCUGUGGUUCUGAGCCCAUUCAUCACUGCCUUCAUUGUCUAUAAGAGAAGGCAUAGAGGCUCCCAGACUUCCCUUCAGCCAGUGUAUACAGCAGCUCAAAGGGCUGAGGACAGCACCACAGCUUCACACUCCACUUAGAGAAUCCUUGGUUUAGUCCCUAUCACUCCCUCCAGGAAAUACGUGACACCAUGGUUCUUCUGUUACUGAUGGAUUUAUUCAUCUUAACUGCACUUCAGUCAACAUCACCGUCAUCAAAUCCACCGUCGAACUGUUCAAAUACAUGACAAUGUACAGAAUAAGCACGCAUUCAUAUCACACACACACACACACACACUGUUGAAACCUAACCAUAAAUAUGCACGACGAAACCUAAAACACGUAAAAAAACAUACCUCGCCUGCUGCACACAACCAAGAGGGAAUGAGUCCACUUGAACAAACAUGAAAUCUUCAAAAUGGGCAAUGCAAUAUCACUUUUAAACUCUUAAACUUUUAAGCAGAGUAUAAA